CUUUUCCUCACACUUUGUAUAGGCUUGCCACUGAAGAUUUCUCCAACAGGACACAGGUUACCAAAAUGAAAAAAAAGGGGACAAAGUAGAUAAAUGGAUUGUGCAACAUUACAAAGGGAUGUAAAUAAACUGCUGAAUGUCAAAGAAGUGUGCUAUCAGGGUCCACCAUGAAACUUCAACUUCUUCAAAGCCUAUACUUCAAAAGAACGAAAAAAUGGUGGAAAACCAAGAUGAUUCCAAAAUAUGAUGCAAAGCUUCCAGUAAUAUCCUUCAGCAGCUAUUUAAUCUCUUCUUGAGAAAAUGUCUUUGAAUAAUGUCUUCUUACAAUGACCGAGUACUGCUAUCCAGCAUUGAAUAAUUCCUGCAUUAAAAGCCCAUCCUCAUUUGCUGUUCAUGCUGCUCUAUACACCUGUGUGAUUGGCUUCAUUGCUAUAACAAUCUUUGGAAAUUUACUGGUAAUCAUAUCUGUAACCCAUUUCAAGCAACUUCACCAUCCUACAAAUAUCUUAAUUUGUUCUUUGGCAGUUGUAGAUUUUCUUGUAGGAUUUACUGUUAUGCCAUACAGCAUGAUAAGAACCAUUGAGUCCUGUUGGUAUUUUGGAGAUAGUUUCUGCAAAAUUCAUACCAGUUUUGAUAUGAUGUUCUGCAUAUCUUCUGUAUUUCACCUCUGUUUUAUAGCUACUGACCGUCACUAUGCUGUGUGUGACCCAUUGCAUUAUUAUACAAAAAUAACUUUUUCCACAGUGAUAGUUUUUAUAAUCAUAAGUUGGACAGUUCCAUUAAUGUUUACUUUUGGAACAGUUUUAUCAGGAGUAACCUUAGAUGGAAUCAGCAAUUAUGCUGCCUCAGUCUCCUGUAUUGGUCUAUGUAUGUUGUUGUUUAAUAAAUUAUGGUCUCUAUUGGUACCCUUUAUUUCAUUCAUUUUUCCAGCUACAGUAAUGGUUUGCCUUUACAGUAAAAUUUUUGUUGUGGCAAGGAGACAUGCUAUAGCAAUUGAUAAUAAAAAUGAAGGUUCUGAGAAGAGCAAAACACUUUUCUCCAGCAAAAGUGAAAGAAAAGCAGCUAAGACACUUGGCAUAGUAAUGGGUACAUUUGUAAUGUGUUGGCUUCCCUUAAUUUCUACAACCAUUUUUGAUGCUUUUCUAAAUCAUGCUACCCCAGCUGUUCUAUAUGAUGCCUUUAUGUGGUUUGCAUAUAGUAAUUCUGGUUUUAAUCCUAUAAUUUACAGUUUCUUUUAUCCUUGGUUUAGGCAAGCAGUGUAUAUCAUAUUAAGUGGCAAAGUAUUUAGCAGCAACUCUUCCAGAAUAAGACUGUUUCUAGAAAAUCACUGAAUAUUUUACAAUUAUCAUCCAUUUCAAUGAAAAAAUAUUUCUCAAUGUAUAAUGCCAUUUAACUGUAUAUAUGCAUUUAUUGCAUUACAAUGGCAACCAUCAACCA